CAUUUUUGACAUUUUUACCUUUUAUAAAAAAAUAUUGUCUUUGCUUCUGUUUGGUAUUCUCCCUAAAAAUCCUUUUCUUUCUUUAUUGUUUCACCUUUAUCUUACUCCUGAAGUAUUAGACUACGAAGAGUGCAUGAAAUAUCAUUUGAAAAUACCCAAAAAUAUCUGAUUUUGAAGAUUUUUCUCCGAGAGAAAGGGAAUGCCUGGUGCUGUUCCUCCUGCUGAUCUCACAAAAUCAAAAGUAGGAUCCAGAAAGGCUCUAGAAGCUCAGACGGAAUCUUUAACGUUCUAGCAUUAAAUUCCACUUCAAAGGACACAAUGGCAGCAAAUGGAUCAAUCCUGAUGCUAAAUGAUGAUUGUCUUCUACAUCUCUUUUCCUUCUUUACCCUCAAAGAACUUCUUGUGAUCGACAGAGUCUGUGAGAGAUUCAAUAAUGUGGCACAGAGAAUUUACAGAACAUACCAAGUGAUGGAUUUUGAUCAAAUCUUUCGUAAGGACUCUAUUCGAUUAACUAAGGAGGAUGUAGUUGAGAUAUCUCGUCGUAUUGGACCACAUAUUCACACAUUUAGAGCCUCACGUGUGUGUUUUGCUAAAUCUAUCCUAGAUGUUUGUGAAUUUCCCUUUGAGGCAAUUGAGUUUUGUAGUGAUAAAAAAUUGCAAAAUAUUUACUUUUGUGGCUUCAUAUUUAUAAGCAUUUCGAAGGAACAAAUGAAGAUCCUUUCGCGGGCUUUCAGUUCCCUGAAAACAGCCCAUUUGCAAAAUUGCACAGUCACAGAUAACUUUGAGAGUUGCUUUGUGGAUUCCAGUCAACUUGAGGUGUUGAAUCUCAUUGAAAGCAAUCCAUUCACAGGGCAACAUCUAGCGAAAUUGACAACCAUCACGGAGCUUAAUUUAUGCUACAGUGAACCCAUAAAUCCUCAAUUUUUCAUAAAAUUUUGUCAAAGAAAUCCCCAAGUGCGGAAACUCACCAUAAGAGGAUGCAAUACUCUCAAUGAAAACUGCUUAAGAGCCAUAGUGAGUAAUUUUAGGAAACUAGAAGAACUCUCAAUUUGCAAUAGCCUUUCAGUUUGUCUUCUGGAUUAUGCCAUUUUGGCGGAUAUUGUGAGUUUAAAGGUUUUGCAAAUAAACUAUGAACUCUUCGAGAAUUCGUUUACGGUGCAAAUGCUCGUCAUGAAAAUUGCUCAACACGAGACAUUGGAACAUCUCGAACUUUUGCGCUGCAAUUCAGAUGAAGCAGUAUUGAAUGAUCUUGUGGGAAAUUUCAAGAAGCUAAAGGUGCUAAAGUUGUGCCACAGUUGGCAUUGUAGGGACUCCACAUUGGCGAGUAUCUCGUGCACAGACACACUUGAGGAGCUCCACAUUACUCACUGUAGGAGCAUCACACCCUCUGCCUUGAAGGUACUCAUUACUAAAUGCAAAUCUCUGCGUUUAAUCGAUCUAUCGCACUGCUAUCGUUUUGAUUUUAACUUCCUCGUCAGUAUUGAACCACAUCUAUGGAAUAGGCAACAAGUUCUGGAACUUGUGGUUAAUUGUACAAAUAUUUCAAUUGAUUUGAAGGAUUCAAGUAAAAAUGAUCUCAAAGAGUUCUUAGUGAACAAUGAGGGAAGAAUAAAAUUAACAACAACUGUAAAUGAUAAAACAUGGACUGAGAUGGAUAGAUACAUUGUUGAAGAGAAUGAAGAUGACGAAAAUGACUGAUUAAUGACUAACUAAAUAAUUAAUCUGUGUGUUUUUUUAAUUGAUCUUUAAGUAUUUUGUAAUAUUUUUUAUUCAGUAAACAAUAAGAACGAAUAAAAAAAUUCUUGAA